AUGAUAAAUAAAAAAUGAAUGAACUGUUACGAUCUUGAUAGGAUCGUCAAACUUUAAGUGAAGACCAUAAAAAAAGGUUAUUUUUCUCUAGCAAAUUUGCUCUCGAAAUAGUGGGCGAAAAUACCACGUGGCAGCGCUGCCGUCGACCUGACAUUGCGGCUGGCUCGGGGGUGAAAUGGGGUUGAUUUGAUCAGUAGCAUGUUGCCCUUUGUAACGUGAACGUCGAUGUUCGCGUGCAUCAUGACGUGUCUAAAAAUACUACGUCAACGUAGCAUUCCUUUCUGGUGUUGUUUGUCAUCGUUGUUCUUUUUCUGCGGUUAAUUGAUCAUUAAUAAUUUGAAAUACAUUCGUCGAUUUUCGAAGAAUAAAUCAUCAUCGAAAAGGUUUUCCUACAUUUUUUGAAGAAAUUUUGUAACAUGAUCAAUCAUUAUUUCAUAUCGAGUCGAGAUAAUACGAAAAAUAUACGAGACAGAUACGAAAAAGGGUGUGUAAUAUUCACGAAGACAGUUCAAAGGUUUUCGAAGUGGAGGAUACAUGAAAAGAAUACUUUUAUGUCUGGCUAAUUCUUUUAUCGAAACCGACGUGAGAAAGAAAAUAAGAAAAGAAAUAACGAGAGAAACGAAGAAAAUGAUGGACAAAGGGGAAACACCGAAGGGGAAAAUUCCCACAUCUUUGAACAUUAGUGAGACGAUUGAAAACGAAGUUUUGAAUAAGAAAAUGGCGCAAAUACUCAAGAACGAUCUGCUAUUGCACGAAGCCGUGAUAAAGAAUGAAGCGGAGUCAGUCGCAAGGGUGCUGAAGGAAGAUGUCGACGUUGAUUCAAGAAAUAACUAUGGUCGUGCACCUAUUCAUUGGGCGGCUUCGAGAGGGAACACGGAGAUCAUCGAGAUGCUGAUUCAAGCAAAAUGUGACAUUGAAGCGAAAGAUAAGUACGGUAUGCGACCAUUGCAUAUGGCUGCAUGGUACGGACAUCAGGAUGCUGUGAAAGUUUUGAUCAAUGCUGGUGCUAAUGUUUCUGCAGUUAACAAGGAGAAAGAAAGUUGUUUUCUUUCUUUCUAUCUGUGUCUGUCACAGAAACAGUACACUUUACUAAUGUGUGGUGCUCGGGGCAACAAUGUCAAUGUCGUGCAAUAUCUUGCGGAAGCCGUGGAAUCGUUGAACGGAGAUGCAAUGGAUUACACUGGUGCAACUGCUCUACAUCAUGCAGCUGUCGCCGGCCAUCCUGGUGUAAUAUCGGCUAUAUGUAACAUUCCACGAAUAGAGUUGAAUGCAACGGAUAAGAUAGGACAAGCACCGAUACAUCGUGCUUGCUCGGAGGAACAUUUGGGAGCCGUGGCGGCUUUGGUUGACUUAGGAGCAAACGUAAACGCUCAAGACAAUGAAGGAAAUACACCGCUUCAUGUAGCAACACGAAUGAGGCAGAUUGAAAUGGUUCAACUUCUAUUGAAAGCUGGAGCAAACACCGAGUUGACUGAUCAGAUGGAUUUCACUCCGCUUCACCUAGCAGCGAGCCACGGUUGCAAGGGUAUCUUGGAUUUACUCAUACAAAAUGGUGCAACUUUGAACAAAGAGUGCAAGAACGGAAAUACUGCAUUACAUUUGGCGUGCCAAAAUAAUGAAGUGGACACGGUGGAAAUAUUGAUAAACAAAGGUGUUGACCUUAAUUUCUUGAACUUGAGAAUGCAAUCACCGAUACACAUUGCAGCCGAAAUGGGACACACUGAGAUAUGCGAACUAUUGCUCGCGUCAGGUGCAAAUAUAGAACAAAGAGAACAGAGUGGUCGAACACCACUUUAUAUCGCAGCAAGGGGUAGUUUCACAGCUAUCGUCGAUAUGAUCAUUAAAACUGCACGGUUGGAUUAUCCGACACCAGAAAAUUCAAAUUCGGAUAAGGAAGUUCGUGAAUUAACGCCAGCACGAAGACGUUGGAGAGAAGGUUCUCGAGGUGGAAGCGUGUGUAGUAAUAACAGUGCACUUACUGAAUCGAUUCGAUCAGUUUUAUGGAAGCUGGCAUAUAAACAAUUGGGACCAGAAGAUUGGAAGAAAUUAGCUCUACAUUGGGCCUUCAGUCAUGAGCAAAUUAAGGCUAUCGAACAUCAAUAUACUGUUGCGAACGUAGGUCCUUCGAGUUACAAGGAGCACGGAUUUCGGAUGCUGAUGAUUUGGACCUCGGGAUUAAAUUCGGAAGCACCAUUGGUAAAAGAAUUGUGCGAGGCUUUGCAAGCCAUUGAUAAGAAGAAUCUCGCUGAUUCCAUUCGAAAGCAAACAAAUCUGGAGAAUGAAGUGAAAUUGAAAUCGAACAAACAGAGUUGUCACGAAUGCUUGAUAGUAUGAAGAUCCUCCCUAUUCAAGAAAUUUCGUGAUUAUUUUAAUAUAAUGAUCGAAUAUUCUUACGUCCAUUCAUAUAUUGUUUGUAUAUCGAUCAAAUAUGUCGCACUUUUUACAAAACUUAUUAUUCACCGAAAAACAUAUAUAUAUAUAUAUAUUAUAUAAAUAUAUAAAUUUCAUAAUAUAUAUAUUAUAUAAAUAUAUAUAUAUCGACGAUAGAUCAUAAUUACUUGUUUCGCGAGAUGCGUUCAAUCUACCUUUAACCGGAAAGUUAAGAUUAUUAUUGAAUAUAUCAAUUAAGAAUUAAAUACUUACAUAAAUAAAAGUAAAAUAUAUAUAUAAUAUAUAUAUAAUCUAUGUAUAUAUUAUCUAUUAUGAUGGUCAGCGUCAUUUUUUUGAAACAUGAACAAUUUGCAAAAGAAAAGCAUAAAAAUACUUACCAUCAAAAAGUCUUCUUAGUUUCCUGAGUAUGCAUUUGUUAAGAUUUCACAAAUUUAUAUCGCAAAUUUAUCUUGCACGAUUCGUGGAUGAUAGUUACGGUAGUCACUUCGUCGGAAAAUAAAGUACAAACUGAAUGAUCGAAAUAAUAUAAUUAAAUCAAGGUCAAUAAGGAAAAGUUUCAAAAAGAAAGGAUAAUGAUAAAAAAUUUGCAUGAGAAAAAUUGAUUUCUAUUAAAAUGUGAACGUUUAUUAUUCAUAUUCAUCGUAUGGAAUAUAUUUACCUGUAUUACUUUACAGAAGAACGAAUCCAACCUUGCUUUUUCUUUCCCAUUAUUUAUAACAAAAUAAUAAUAAUAAUAAUAAAAUAAAAAUAAUAAUAAUAAUAAAAAUAAAAAAAUAAUAAAAA